AUGAGGGUCUCUCACUUGCAGGCUCUUUUUGCCUACUCUUGCUGGUGUGUCGCGAAAGUCGAUGGCUUCAGUGCAACUCCAGUCUAUCACCACAAGAUCAGCAGCCUACCAAUUCGUUCUUCGUCGCAGCAACAACAGUGCCCCUUUGUGAAUCUAAAGCAAGAUUCGCCCGAGACAAAGCAUGUGUCGUCCACAGCUGUAUCGGCAUCUCAUGAUGGCAUCAACGAAGUCCGCGAAGACGAAUCAAGGAUUCUCCCUGCUUCCAUCGUUGUGGGAACUUUGACCGCUGCCAUGGGCUUUUUGUAUGGACAGGUCCUUUCCAGGACGGUCCACACUGUUUGGAAGACUGUUCCAGCCACUCUGGCAAAACGAGGAACGGUGUUGAAUCCUGUCUACUUUAUCACGGGCACUUGCACCCUUGGUGGUCUGAUCAUGGGAAUCCUGUCGGCAAAACUCAAGGCAAACUUUACAGUGGCAGACUUUGUGUCGGCUUUUUCCUCUGUUCCUGCCGAAGCUGGGAAAUUGCCCCAAAGCCGAUCGACCUUGAUGCCUCUUUUGCUCCUCUCUCUCGUGACUUCGACCUUUGGUUUCAGUGUGGGGCCAGAGGCACCCAUGGUGGUCGCAGGCGCGUUGGUUGGAUCUUCGUUGUCGCGCAAAUGGUUUGGAAUGGGGGAAACCAAAAAGGCAGAGAAUCUUGCCUAUGCUGGAGCGGCAGGAGCAUUGACUGCCUUUAUGGGGAUCCCGAUCGCAGGAUCUAUCUUUGCGUUGGAACUGACACGGUCAUCCGCUGGCUUGUCCACUGGAGCUAAAGAAGCGCUUUCUCCGGCAGUGGCAGCUAGUGUGGCGGCGCUCGUUCUUAUUCGGGCUAUUCUCAUCCCAAAUGCUACAGUGGGGGGACAUUUUGCCUAUGGAACGGUAGGGUCGAUCACAGGAAGAACCAUGAUGAUGGUCGCCGUAGGGUCCAGCGUUAUCGGGGCUGCUCUUGGUACAGUGUUUCACAAGGCAGUUGCUUUGUUGAAGGGUAUCUGUUGGCCUACUUCCAGCAGCAAUGAAAAAGGCAACAAUGCUUGGAGGCGACAAGUCGUAGUCAAGACUCUGAUUGGUCUUGCCGUUGGUCUACUCAGUUCAGCCUAUCCACAAACGUUGUUCUGGGGCGAGGGAAGUCUCCAGUGUGUUGUGGACGGACAAAAGACUGCAUUUGCCGCCACCAAACAUGGCCUUCCCACUUUGUUGACUACCGCAGCCCGGGUCAACCCGUCUCUGCCAUUUGAGAGUUCUAAAGCAGCCCUACAAGUGGGUGUGGCAAAAUUGGUCGCCAUUGCACUAGCUUGCGCGGGAAAAUUUCCUGGAGGCAUCAUCUUUCCACUGUUCUUUGCAGCGGCUCCAUUCGCACAUGCCUGUAGCCCGCUAGUGGCACCUUCUGUGCUACCCUUGCUGGUCUUAUGCACAAUGGCAGCAACCCAAGCCUCUGUCACGAGAACUCCUCUCGCAACAGCCUUGAUUCUUAGUCUUUCAGCUUCGGCAUCCACGGAACUGAGCGUCAUGUUGCCCGCCUGUCUGGUCGCAUCUUAUUUUGGUGUCUAUAUAUCCCAGCUCCUAUCCAGGAAUUCCUAUUUUAAAUAUUCUUGA